UAGUUAAAAACCAAGCUGACAUAAGUAAUUUUGUAUUUUAAUUCUCUCUCCUGAAAAAAGAUAAAAAAAACACUCACUCACUCUUGCAGUUGCCGGGAGUUUCUCCGGCGAUCUUUCAGGCUAAAGGUUUUGGCGUUUGAGUUUGUGCUGCAGAUUAUUUGAGCUUGAUCGUGAUCAAUGGCGUGAAUGAGCGAAACGGAGUAGUAAAGAGUGGCGUGUGUUAUUGAAAGUAGAACUUCGAGUUUCGAGUGGAGAUCACCUGAGAACGAGUUUUGCGCGUUGGUUUUAGUCUUCAUUCAGUGAGUCUCUGUGGGCUUGGCUAACGGCAAAAAAUGUCUUUCCAGCAGAAGAGCUUUUGGAUGACCAGAGAUGUGGGGUGUUUAACUGAUGGAGAUAUAGGUUUCGAUAAUUCCUCAAGAAUGGAACCAAAGCGUGGUCAUCAGUGGCUUAUGGAUAGCACUGGACCUGAAUUGUUCAGCAACAAGAAACAAGCAGUUGAACCAUCUAGCAACAACAGGCCAGUAAUGGGAAUGUCGCACAUGAACAUUUCUCCAUGGAAUAAUACUUCCUGCUUCCAAUCAGUUUCAGGACAAUUUAAUGACCGUCUGUUUGGGUUUGAACCAUUGCGGAUUAACAGUGGUAGCAACGUGCCUUCUGCCAGCAAUGGAAAUAUGAACAUGGAAAGAAAGGAUUUCAAUGACCUAUAUGGCAGCAAUUGCUCGAUGGGUUUGUCCAUGUCUCAUAACGUUGAAGAUCCCCCUGCAUCAAUUAGUUUUGGUGGCCUCAGAAAAGUGAGAGUCAAUCAAGUUAGAGACUCAAGCAAUGACAUUUCUUCAUCUGUGGGGCACUCCUAUAAUAGAGGAGAUGACAAUAUAAUUUCAAUGGGUACUGCCUAUAAUAAGAGGGAGAGCAAUGCCAUCUCUUUGGGUUCUACAUAUAACAAUGGGGAUGAGAAUACCAUCUCAAUCAGCCCCUCAUUCAGCAAGGCAGAUGGUAGUUUCAUUUCAAUGGGUCAUGCAUUUAACAAGGAUGAUGACAAUUUCAUAUCAAUGGGCCAGGGUUAUAACAAGGGAGAUGAGAGCAUCUUAUCAAUGGGUCAGCCGUUUGACAAGAAGGACGCCAAUUUCAUAACAAUGGGUCCAUCUUAUGACAAAGAAGAUAACCAUUUCAUAUCAAUGGCUCUCUCCUACAAUAAGGGACAUGAGAGUUUCAUUUCAAUGGGACCCUCCUAUGAUAAAACGAGUGAAAAUUUCAUUUUGAUGGGUUCCUCAUUUAGCAAGGGAGGGGAUAAUGUCAUAUCAAACGGUCCAAUAUAUGACAAGGCAGAUAUUGAUAUAGCAUCCAUGACUCCUGCCCAGGACAAAGGGAAUUCUGGUAUUCUAUCCAUUGGUCACAGCUACAACAAGGGUGACAACAAUUCCAUUUCUUUUCAAAGCUUUCAUGACGAACCUGAGACAAAUAUGUCUGGCAAUGUUAUUAGAGGCUAUGACCUGCUAGUGAGCAAUCAGAACACGGCUCAAACUUCAGAAGUACCGGUUCAGAACAAUUUGCCUCAGACAAAUGUUGAUCCACAAUUGAAUACCAAUACUGCAUCAAAGGUGAUUGCAAAUACACAAUUAAAUAGUGGUCUGGAAGCUAAUUCCAAAACUGAUACUGACACCAAUGGUAAAGAGCCAAAGACAUCAAUCAAUGCAGCCCCCAAGAAUAAAGAGCCAAAGACAACAAUCGAUUCUGCCUCCAAGAAUAAAGAGCUGAAGACAUCUAAGAAGAUCCCUCCUAACAACUUCCCCUCAAAUGUCAAGAGCUUGCUAUCAACUGGCUUGCUUGACGGGGUUCCUGUGAAAUAUGUUUCCUGGUCAAGGGAGAAAACUCUUAGAGGAACUAUAAAAGGGACUGGGUAUUUAUGUAGUUGCAAAGUAUGCGGCAAUAAGGUUUUGAAUGCAUAUGAAUUUGAGCGACAUGCUAACUGCAAGACCAAGCAUCCCAAUAACCAUAUCUACUUUGAGAACGGGAAGACCAUCUAUGCAGUUGUUCAGGAACUGAAGAACACUCCUCAGGAGAUGCUGUUCAAUGCGAUUGAAACUGUUACUGGAUCUGCUAUUAAUCAGAAGAAUUUCCUCAGCUGGAAAGCAUCAUAUGAAGCUGCCACCCGUGAACUUCAGCGCAUCUAUGGAAAGGAGGAAGUCACUCUACCAUCUUGAGAUGAAGACCCUACUUUUAGAAUAAGUGAGGUGGUAUGUGUUCUGUCCAUAGAAGCAUAUUUCUCUGGUAAUUAUAGACUUGUUUUGGGAUUUCUAAUAAUUUUGAGAGGAGGAAUGUUUCUUCAACUUUUUUAUCCUUUCGCUAUAAGAAUUUAAGUUUUUGUUUUGGACUUAUUCUGUUAUUGGUAGACUACUGUGUUUGUGCAUUCA